AUGGUCGAUCCAGCAGAAUUGUCCCCUACCUUGGAGGAAGCUUUGAAACCUUUGAAGCUCUGCCUUCUAUGCCGUUAUCGACUUUUCUUUGGUUCUUCAUUCCACUGCCAUGGUCUUCCAGAAAACCUGGAGGACGCCGAGCUAACGCAUGGCGAAAUCACGAAGUGUGUCCUUUGCUUCGGACUUUGUGGUCUCUUCGUAUCUUCCAGCUCUGGAGCUGAUAUUCCAUCCCAAAUUAUGGCAAAAGUUAAGCAGAGUGGGUUUGACUUCUCGACUUUUCAGCUGAAUAUUUCAGAACCCGUCAACCUUGCUCUGCGAGACCACGCCUUUUGGGCCUAUGUAAAGGAGAAAUGUGGUGGGAACGAAUGUUCGCAACCGAUCGAGGUUUUGGAAGAAAAGUCGGUUCCAGCGAAAGUUGUAUUUCGUAACAUUGUAACCAGUCGUUUAAAGAAGCUUUUUUGUGAAGAGCAGGUCUCUCUGCCACCACUGUUUCCCGAUCCAAAAUCACCACCUACAUGGUUCGACGCUGCCACUGAGCAGGUGGAUAUUUUUCUCACCUUUGAUCUGCCAGUCGAUUAUUUGGCAAACAAUACCGACCUCCCACUCCUCCUGGCGGCCGCAAAGCGGCAUUGCAACCCGCGUGACUGGAGCUCCUACUCGCGGAAUUAUCGCGAUGCGAACCGACGCUUUGGCAAACAUCGUCGACGAAUUACUCACAAUGAGCCCACCGCGUCCAACACUGGAGUGUCUCGUUCCUCCUUGAAGAAACUUCUCGACCUUCUUCCUGACAAAACUUUUCUGAAAGAAGUGCUAAACCUGGAAACACUGAAAACGGGAGGUGACGAAUUACCUCUGGUUCGCCUUUCUACCGUAACUAUGCGCCGCGCAGUCCCACUCGUAAUCACAGGGCGCUAUGUAAAGUUGAGCCGUAUUUUGCCUCAAACUCCGUGGUUCAUCGACGGAGAACGCAAGCUUGACUCCUCAGUGGAGGAACUGAUCGCUGCUCCGAUCAUCGCCGCCUUUGGACCUCACACCACCUUCACUUUUGUUAGUUCUGGACGCGAGGAUAUUGACGUAAGGUGCUUAGGCCUUGGACGGCCAUUUGCACUUGAACUGAAUGCCUACAACAAGACACUGAGUUCAAUGUUUCGAGCGCAUUCGUUGCCGCGUGGUGAAAAGGACGGUGACGCAAAGGCUGGGUAUGAUUGUGCCAAUGACCUUUCCUGGCUUGCCAGUACUAUCAACAAUUCAACUGGUGGUCGCAUCUUUGUUCGGGAUCUACAAGUUGUUAGCGUUGCAUCGGUGAACGUAUUCUUGAAGAGCAGCAAGGUUGAGAAGCGAAAACGUUACCGCGCUCUCUGCUGGUGUCCUCAGGGUGGUCUCACGACGAGUCGAGUUCGUCUGCUUGCUUCCCGACUAAAUGCGCUAUCGCAUGGCAUCAGUGUUGCGAAAACACCAUCAUCUUUACAGUGGCCACCGACGGAACUUACAUACCAGUCUGAUCUCGGUUGUAAUGUCGCUUACCUCUCCUUUGGUCGGUUCACAAUUAAACAGCUAACUCCAAUCAGAGUUCUUCACCGACGUUCUCUGAUGUCCCGCACGCGGGACAUCAUCUGGUUUCGUCUGGCCGACUUCGCUACCAAUGUGCUUCGAGAGAAGGUACCUUUCGUGCUGAAGGAGUUCGCUGCUCAAGCGGAUGUACACCCGAAGGAGGAACUCUUCAUGCUAGAACUUUGCUGUGAAGCUGGAACCUAUGUGAAGGAGCUGGUGCACGGGGAUCUAGGUCGAACGCGACCCAGCCUCUCCUCUCUUUUGGGCUGCCCGGUGGAUUUGCUUGCUCUCGAUGUAGUUGCCGUCGAACAUGACUGGCCUCCGAAAAUGGCACAGGCUUUUGAGGUUGACGCUGUUUAA